GCAGCGACCAAGUCCCGGAAGCGGCCAGUCUCCCGCGCUUCCACAACGUCGAUUCACAGCGCGGGCACCCAGCCCAACCUGGACCAGGCCGCCUUCGCCGAGGCUUCGUCUCUGUAUGGCGGCCAAUGGAUCCCGAGCGAGCACCACGGCCAUAGCAAGGACAUGAGCGGCGCGCCGCAGUUGUCCCCUGAAGACAUGAUCCUACAGGCGGCGACCCACAUGCAGUCGGCGAACCAAGACUUCGCCAUGGACGGAUCCAUGGGGCCUUCCAUGGCCCAUCACAUGCAGUACCAGCAGCACCACCCGAUGGCGAGGCAUCCACUGCCCGCCGAGCAGUACGGCGGCGCCAAUGCGAGCUUCACCGAGGGGGACAGCCAGCUGAUGGAUCGCGACGACAACGACGACGGCGACUCCAUGACGGGAGCUACCGGCGCCGCCAAGGCAACCGCGAGAUCUAGUGCAAACAACGAGUUGGAAAUGCGGCACCUGUACAGCACCAAUCGGCAUCGCAGUCUGCAGGACGUGGCACGUGAAUUGCAUGGAAACGAGCGAGGGCCCAACUCGGAACGCACUCGCCAGGUCUUUGCUAUGCUAUGGAUCAAUUCAGUCUGCUCCAAGGGCAAAGGCUCCGUUCCCCGAGGCCGGGUGUACGCCAACUAUGCUUCACGAUGCGCCACCGAGAGGAUCACAGUCCUGAACCCGGCAAGCUUUGGAAAGCUGGUUAGGGUUCUAUUUCCUGGCCUCAAGACACGCCGUCUUGGUGUUCGAGGCGAAUCGAAGUACCACUACGUCAACUUCUCUCUCGCAGAGGACCAGCCCGAAGCGAAAGUGCCACAGCCGCAGCCUCCGCGAGCCCUCCCGGAAGCAACAAGCCUUCCCCACAGCCUCAGCGCCCCGACCCAGCCUGAGAGCAACACUCACCGGGACACAUUGCCCUCGUCUCAGACACCUCAGAGCAGCAGCUCGGCAGCCAAGGCAUCAGGCAGAUCCCACAGCCUCUAUAACCAUCCCGACCUCAGCAACAUCGACAACCUCCACGCCACAUCCAGCAAGACGCCGCUUCAGCUGGCGUUUCCGCCCCCUGACGAAACCGCCUUUGAACAAUCCGAGCCGAUUGCAUUGCCUCCCAUCGAGUCCUACCUACCCCACGGCACCGACCCUGAUGCGGCCAAGUCGCUGUCUGCACUGUACCGAUCCCACUGCACGUCGCUGGUAGAGUGCAUUCGAUACUGCCGUGAAAAGACCUUCUUCCACCUCUACACCUCUUUCCAGGGCACACUCACCAUGCCCGUCCAGAAGCUGUUCGGAAAUCCCGCCCUUGCCCCGUGGAUCGAGGGAUGCGACAUCGCUCUUUAUCAACGCAUGAUGCGCAUCGUCUCUGGCUUGACACUCCAGGUUGUCCCUAAGCCGGUUCUCGACACGCUUCGCAACAUUUCCGAGAGGCUGGUGCCGCAUAUUCGGGAGUCGUUCCAAGGCCAGCCGCAGCAUGUCAUCGCGGCCAAGGAGUCGCCCGCUGCCAUCUUUGCAGCCCUGCUCGACCGUGCCCUGCGGGUCAACCUGACGGCACAUGCUGCCGCCAACAUGCUCUCGAACCCGGCCAAUCGCGACCAGAUGUACGUGGAUUGGAUAACCAUGAUUCGGGCGCGCAAGAUUGCGGAGACCGUCCCGACCCGCGGCAUGGACGACGUCGUCAACCUACUGGUGACGGAAAUUAGAGAUUUGCUGGACCCGGCAAAUGUGCCCUGGGAGGUGGAAUGCCUGACAAUCUACGGAGACGUGGUCACCCGGAGCGGUCGCCAGUCAGAUGGCGACAGCGGCGCCGACACAUCAGGCCAGAACGUCUUGGACAGAUGGGUCAACUUUCUCCAGAGCCUGCCCGGAAAGUUCCCCUACGCCUCGCAUGCGGAUAUCGUGUGGUGCGUCGAAAGAGUCGGAACCGCCGUCAUGCGGGACCUGACACUGGCCCAGGGCAAAAGCUUUGGCUCUUGGUGGGUUACCAAGACGUGGGUCGAUGAAAUGACUUGCUUCCUGGCCGAGCAAGGCGGGUUCAUGAGAGAAGGUGCCAGAGCACCUCUGCCGGCUGCAGAGCGCCAGUCCCAGGCCCCUAGCAAAGCAACGAGCAGACAGGUCUCCCGGUACAGCAGCGCCAGCGAUGAUGUCAAUGUAUCGCACACGCAGCCGGGCCGGGCGCCGUUUCCACCGCCGAGCAGCACCAACCCGGCGCCGAUGACUACCGAUUCUCACGAUGAUAGCGGCAUAGGAAUCCGGACGCCCGAGGAAGAUUUUCCUAUGGACAAGUUUACUUUUGCCGGAACAGAAAGCCAGGGGAUGGAGCUGACAGCAGGCGCAAGCAUAUGA